AUGGUUUAUCACAAGAUUGUUAAAGUGACCCCGAUAGAAUAUCGGGAUGUGGGCGACAGUCCGGAAGACUGGUUGUACCGCUGCUACGGGCCGACAUGCGGAGGUGGGGAGAUGGAGGAUGAGGUGCAAUGGACUAUCCAAGUAUGGGAUCCCCCAAAUUUCGGAGUUGGAGUCGUGGACGGUGCACAUGGACAGACAGCAGAUAUCAAUGUGCUUGCGAAGAACUUUCAAGACAACCAACCUCAAUAUGCAGAGGUCUCAAAUGUCAAAUCCCGGGAUGCUGAAGACGGGAUGGGCCAAUUCGGCUGUCCCAUGACGGGUCCGGCCCCACCGGGAACUUGGGAGCUCGGCUUUCACCCGUCCGUCAACAUGGUCGCUCGUCGUCUCAAGUCUCCUCUUGUCGGGGCAACAGCCAGCUUCGCCGCCUCUCAGAAGGUCACCGAGAUCGUCAAGUCUGUCAUUGACGACAUUCGAGCCAACGGCGACCAAGCCGUCCGGACUUACUCUGAGAAGUUCGACAAGUGGGCUCCACCGUCAUUUAGGCUAUCAGACAGCCAAAUACAGGAUAUCAUAUCAAAGGUACCAGAGCAAACAAUUAAGGACAUCAAAGAGGCGCAGAAAAAUGUCCGAACUUUUGCCCAGGCGCAGAGGGACUCUAUUAAAGAUGUCGAGAUAGAGAUACAGCCGGGCGUCUUCCUCGGCCACAGGAACAACCCCAUCAGCACAGCAGGGGCUUACAUUCCCGGAGGUCGCUAUCCUCUCCUCGCUUCAGCCCACAUGACCAUCACUACUGCCAAAGUCGCCGGCGUAAAGCACGUUAUAGCAUGCACGCCGCCUAUCAAUGGCCAGAUCCCUCAUGCAACGGUAGCCGCCGCCCAUCUCGCCGGGGCGGACGAGAUUUUCAUCCUCGGCGGGACGCAAGCUGUAGCCGCCAUGGCGAUCGGCACGGAGACCAUCAAGAAGGUCGAGUUCCUGGCCGGCCCAGGAAACGCCUUCGUCGCAGAAGCCAAGCGGCAGCUCUUCGGAGAGAUCGGGAUUGACCUCCUGGCCGGGCCAACAGAGACGCUUAUUGUGGCCGACGAGCACGCCGACCCCUUCACCGUGGCGACAGACCUGCUCUCGCAGGCGGAGCACGGCCCGGACACGCCUGCCGUGCUGAUCACGACGAGCGAGAACGUCGCACAGGAGUCGAUCAGGUUCGUUGACGAGCAGCUCAAGACUUUGUCCACGGCCGAGCUCGCGGCGACGUCGUGGCGGGAUUACGGAGAGGUGGUCGUCGUAGACGAUCUGGACGAGGCUUUCGCGCUGGCUGAUGACUUCGCAAGCGAGCAUGUCCAGAUCCUAACCCAGAAGCCGAGGGAGGCUCUGGAGAAGAUGACAAAUUAUGGCGCAUUGUUCUUGGGCGAGAAGACAUGUGUGUCCUUUGGUGAUAAGUGCAUCGGCACGAACCAUGUCCUCCCAACUCGCAAGGCAGGCAGGUAUACUGGUGGGCUCUGGGUCGGCAAGUACCUCAAGACUCAAACGUAUCAAGAGGUCGUUUCGGAAAAGGCGAGCGGUGAGCUUGGUAAACUCUGCGGCCGGUGUGCCAGAGCAGAAAAUUUCGAGGGCCAUGCACGGUCAGGGGACCUCAGGAGUCAGCUGUACCUCAAAGAUCAGUACGAUUGGAUUGACCAAGCCCGGGCUGCGAAGCAGGUCAAUGGACACUGA